GCAUGCCCCGGUGGUAGUAUAUUUUUAGCACAUUUCGUGUUCUAUGAUCUACUUUUCCCUAGGGUAAUUUGGACACAAGUAAACAAGUAUAUAAGUUUAUGCUUUCUUUUAUAAAAUUGUAAGUAGAAACACGUCAUAUCCUAUAGCCCACUUCACUACACGCACCUUAUUAUUAGUUAGGAGCACUAUAAAGCAGCCCACAACGAUAUACCUCAACUCACACUUGUGGUAAAGACUGGAGGACUGCUGCCCUUCCUGAGGGAUAGAAAAAUCUUACUUUUAGUCGAGAAGUUACACUUACAUUGUAGUAGGACACCAGAACCAGUGCAAGUGUUAUCCUCGCUACACUCUCGAACACAAAGACGCAAGUUUAUCUGCCAAGACAGAUAUCCUAAUUCUGCUCCAAAUUAUUGCUUCAAGAUGACGGUUACAGCUCGUUUGUACGUUCUGCUGGCGGCUGUGAUUUUUUAUCCGUCGCCAAACAAUGGUGGAUUGCUGGGAAUUUCUAAAUCAAUAAAAGAAAGCAUAGAAGCGAUGAAAAAAUGCACGGCUCAGAGGACAGCUGGCCUCAGUGGACGAAGUCACGCCGAUAUCGUCGCCGCCGCGAAAUUGUGGGCGCCGGUGGUCCGGUUGGCCGUGGGAGAGGAAUGGAAACCAUCCAGCGUCGAUUAUUUCCUCCAACACGUAAACUUACGCGGCGGUAGUCCCACGUCCGUCACUCCGAGCACCCUGCCCACCUGUAACAAGAACUGCUACCUGGAAACUAAGACGCCGUUAUCUUGUGCCUCUUGUCGAGAACCUGCCGUCUUUAAAGGUCAGGAUCCUGCCAGCGCCCCAGCAUACGCUAUAUACGAGGACAAGGGUAGCGUUGUUGAAAUCACUUAUUGGUUCUUCUUUCCAUACAACAGAGGAAAACGAGCGUGUGUGGGGUUCUAUUUUAAUAACGUAUGCCCGUGCUUCAAGGCGUGGGGUCAUUGCCUUUGUCCUCGAAUUAACGGAUGCGUAGGAGGGUACUCGACCUUUGGUAAUCACGUUGGAGACUGGGAACACGUAAAGAUAAAGUUCGAUAAUAACCAGAUUUACUCCAUAUAUUUGUCGAUCCACGGUUCGGACACCACCAAUAAAUUUGGAGGAGAGUUUCUGUGGAAUGGUAACGGAUUCAAGAAAGGGGAUGGCAUCGUACAGAUGACUGACUGCACACACGCUCAAGUCUACGCUGCCAAAGGGUCCCAUGGAAUGUGGCCAAACACAGGGGACCACGUGUACAAGAAACUCAUCAACGGAGACAAGUUGAAAGAUCUCUGUAGCGCCGGAACAGCAUGGAAGACUGCAGAUAACCUCAAAGUUGUCAAGAUGUCCGCCAAAGGACAGUUUACUGGGGAAUUCAGCUUUCUUAACUUCUUGGGUCGUUGGGGAAAUCGGGAACGCAAUUGUAUUCCACUUAUUGGUCAGUGUGUACUUUCAAAUGGUCCAGGAGGUCCACCUAAGUGAAAAUAUUGGAUGAAUCUUUGGAAAUGUUUUUCACACUUUAAUUAUAACGCACUAAAUAUGGUGAAUCAAGAAAACUUUUUAUUUUCUUCUGCAUACAUUUAUGUAUUUUGCUGCAGAGGCACUCUGAUUAUUUCUUGACAUACUGGUAAACAUUUUCAAAGGUAAUUAAUGGCAUUGGUUAUAUUUCGGUGGAUUGAUUUAUUUGAGUAAAUUACUUAGUACAGCACUAUUUUUCACUUUCAAAAUCAUAUAUUUAAUUAUUUUGUUACAUUUAAAGAUACACUCAUCUUUGUAAAUACGAAAGGAAAAUUGUAUGUACCCUGUAGCAUUUUCAGGUUUCUGGGAUAUUGUCACGGGGUAACAUAACAUUUAAAAUAAUAAUUUUGGAAAACCCCUCUUCGGUAUACUGAGUACUUUCUGACCCUGGGCACUGU